AUGGUCAUGUUCUCCUUCCUUUCUUUUUAUGCUCUCGAGAUACUGGAAAAAGCAUUGACAAGUACCUCUACCACUGUAUUUGUCAAGGACAAAUCGUAUACUUUUCCACACCGUUACAACAGUACCAAACCCGUUGGUAUCAACAGCAAAACCGUCCGUCUUCGUUUGAGCAACUCUCCCCCAGCUGCUCAAUACCUCCACCACAACUCGACCCGCCUUUGGUCUUUAAAAGGCAACAUCUUCACUACGGCUCCUCCGGCCGUCAGCUUCAGGUUCUUCCUCUCGCCGAGGAAGAGUCGAGGAGGCCUCGCCAAAUCACCGAGGGAUCAGUUCAUCGCCGUUCCCGACCACCCUAACAUCAUCCGAUUCUUCGGUUACACUACUACCACACUUGCACAUCAAGUCAAUCAGUCAGUCUCCGGACUCAAUCCCUCGUCAACAAACUCCCAAAACAAAACCCCCGCAACUGUUUGGGAUAUGGUUAUGGCAACGGCUGUCCUCGACACUUACAACCACAAUGUCAAUCAUCCUCAUAUCGCAUUAAAGAAACCCAUCAUCCGGGAUUCUAUUGAGCAACAUGACCUGAUUACCCCAAAGCAACUCAUCGGCCAGGCUCUCCACCAGCGCGUGGAGGCCAUUGACCAUGAGAUGUGUGAGCCUGGCGACGAAGAUACCUUCUUCGUUGCCGACCUUGGCGAGGUCUACCGCCAGCAUCUCCGCUGGAAGAAGAAUCUCCCUCGAGUCCGGCCUUUCUAUGCCGUCAAGUGCAACCCCGAUCCUCAGAUCAUCAAGCUUCUAUCUGAGCUCGGCACCGGCUUCGAUUGCGCCUCCAAGACCGAGAUUGAGCAGGUUCUGUCCGCAGGCCUCAGCCCCGACCGCAUCAUCUACGCCCAACCCUGUAAGACUAACUCGUACGUCCGAUACGUCAAGUCUGUGGGCGUCAAGCAGAUGACUUUUGACAAUGCCGACGAGCUCUACAAGAUCGCCAAGCUCUACCCAGGAGCCGAGCUCUUCCUCCGCAUCAUGACCGACGACAGCGAGUCCCUGUGCCGCUUCAGCAUGAAGUUCGGUGCUGCCAUGGACACCACCGAAGGUCUCCUCGCCCUGGCCAAGGACCUUGGUCUCAACGUUGUUGGCGUCAGCUUCCACGUUGGCUCUGGUGCCUCGGACCCUCUCGCCUUCUUCAAGGCCGUUCGCGACGCCCACACCGUUUUCCAGCAGGCACGCGACUUUGGGUUCGCCAUGCGCACCCUCGACGUUGGUGGUGGCUUCUGUGGCGACACCUUCGAGGCUAUGGCCAACGUCCUCCGUGGCGCUCUCGACGAAUUCUUCCCGCCUCACAGUGGCGUCGAGAUCAUUGCCGAGCCCGGUCGCUACUAUGUUGCUACGGCCUUCACCAUUGCCUGCAACAUCAUCGCUCGCCGCACUGUCGAGGACCCUACUCUCGAUGGCAAGGGCUACAUGCUCUACGUCAACGACGGUGUCUACGGAAACUUCUCAAACAUCAUGUUUGAUCACCAGCAGCCCACCGCCAAGAUCCUGCGCACUUCUGGCAAGACCCUCUUCGAGACCGCCGCCGCCGAACCCACUCCCGUCGGCGAGGGCUUCGAAUACUCCAUCUGGGGUCCUACCUGCGACGGUAUCGAUCGCAUCACUGAUAGCACUCGCUUCGACCCCAUUCUUGACGUCGGCGACUGGCUUUACUUUGAGGAUAUGGGCGCAUACACCAAGUGCUCUGCCACUCAGUUCAACGGCUUCUCCAACGCUCACGACGUCAUCUACGUCUGCAGCGAGCCAGGUGCCAAGGCCCUUCUCGGACUGUGA